UGUAAUAAACACAUUUGUUAGAGACGUAAUACCACAAUUUUUUUAAUACAUUUGCUUGACACCUUGGCUGCAAAUGUGAUGUCAGCGUGCACUGACGCACGUAUGUACUCGACACGUGAGAUUAAGAUAAACAAUAAAAUUGAUUAAAAAUGAUCGAGAAAAAACCAACUAUCCCAGAGAGAUUCAUCGUUUUUAGCGAAACGAAUUCCAAAAUCAUUAAGGUUGUCAGUUAUGGCAUUACUAGUAUGAGUUUGGUCGUUGCGCUCUAUCGAAUUAGACCUUUUGCUAAAUUUAGAAAACCAUCCAGCGUACCAUCUCAUUUUUUGUACAAUAAAGUUCCGCUUCGAGGUACUGUGAUACGUAUAGAACCUAGUUGCGAAGUGCUGCUUAUGGUUGAUCACAAGCCAGUAAUACCAUUGCCUCGAUUGAAUAAUUCAAAGUAUCUACCAGUUAAAAUAGCCGGAGUUAAUGUAACUGCUAAUGGUAUCAGUUGGUUGCAAACAAUUGUCAACAGAAAAGAAAUAAUUUUCACACCUUUGUCUAAAGAUACAGAAUACUUAAAUUGUACAGUGACUAUGCACCAACAAAAUCAGGAAUACAUAAAAAUUGGGGAGGAAUUAGUGAAACUUGGUUUUGCUACAGUAAAUAAAGAUUCGUUGGAAUUAAUGUUAAAAAACAAAGACAUCUUAAAUUAUGAAAAAUGUUUAUUAAGUGCACAAAAACUAGCUGAACGUAAAAGAAACGGGUAUUGGCAUUUUGCUAAACAACCCACAAUUUUGUGGAAAGUUCAGCAAAAAUUAUAUGAAAAACUGAAGUCUAUUUUGCCUAUCUUUAUAGUACAAAGGUUUCAUUUUUAAGCAUAUCUCCCGCAGUUUACUUACAUUAGCAUGAUUACUUACAAACUAGUAUAUAUAUUUUUAUAAUUUACUUACAAUAUCACUAAAAUCUGCUACAGAGUUAAAUAUAUAUUUGAAAAUCUUUUAAAAAUUAUAAAUUGUGAUCAAUUUGCUAUAAAUAUUUAUGGUAGUAAAAAAGCAAUAUUUAAAAAAAGAAGUUUAUUUUUAUACCAUUUAUACAACCUUUUACCAAAUUUUAUAUAAAAUUAAGAACAUCACUAUAUAUCACCAUGCACAAAAUUAAUUUGCUUAUAUAUUGUUUAGCCAAAGAAGAAUUAUAAUUAAAGUACAGACAUAGAUUCUUUUGCAGUAAUGAGAAACUAUAGUUUUAUUUUCGCUUCGAUAGAUAAAUAUAUAGACAUGCUUAACAUGUUUCAAGUAGAAAAAUAGAUCAUAUACAAAAAUAAAUGAAAAAUUUAAUGGAAGAUUCAUAUUAUUUUUAUGGUUACACCAAAACAAUUUUAAUCACACAA